CAAUCUUCAUCCCUCCGCGCUUCUCCGCCGAACCCACUUCGCUUACCUUCGAAUCGACAAUCACAUCAGAUUACAAAUGCCAGACCCCUUAGAAGACAACGCUCGUUCAUCUCCGCAUCAGCAUCAGCCACUGUCUCCGCUCCCAAACGCGAAACAGAUCCGAAGAAACGAGUCGUGAUUACUGGUAUGGGUCUCGUCUCCGUGUUUGGCAACGACGUUGAUGCUUACUACGAGAAACUGCUCUCUGGUGAGAGUGGGAUCAGUUUGAUUGACCGUUUCGAUGCGUCCAAGUUCCCGACUCGAUUCGGUGGUCAGAUCCGUGGGUUUAGCUCUGAAGGUUAUAUCGAUGGCAAGAAUGAGCGUAGGCUUGAUGAUUGUUUGAAGUAUUGCAUUGUUGCUGGCAAGAAAGCUCUUGAGAGUGCUAAUCUUGGUGGU